AUGAACUCUCAUAUUGCUCUCCUUUUUUCUAAUCUUGUUAUAUUUCUGAUUUUCGGCGCUAUUUCUGCUUUUGAUGGUGGUAACGAGACCGAUUAUCAGGCUUUAUUGAAGUUCAAGUCAAUGAUCACAAACGAAGGUCUAAGCUCAUGGAACGCUUCCUUUCAUUUCUGUGAUUGGAGUGGUGUUUCGUGUGGGAAGCAGAAUAAAAGCGUCACUGCUCUAGUAUUGGAGUCGCAAGGACUAGAAGGGUCGUUGUCUCCUUAUGUAGGGAACCUCAGGAACAACAACAUUCAAGGAAUGAUCCCUCAUGAAAUUGGUCGUCUCUCCAGGCUACGUUUCCUCUAUCUUGGCUAUAACAAAAUCAGCGGAGUCAUUCCAACUAACUUGUCUCAUUGUUCUAACCUUAAAGAUCUUAGACUUAAUAAUAACAAGCUAGUUGGAAGCAUACCUAAAGGGAUCGGUCUCCUCUCAAAACUAACUUUUAUGGUAGUUCAAUAUAACAACUUAACAGGUGGAAUCCCACCUUUCUUGGGGAAUAUAACAUCAAUUAAAGUGUUCUCCGCUAAUGACAAUCCAUUUGGUGGGAGCAUUCCAAACACCUUAGGCCAUUGGAAAAGCUUGAUAGAAAUUGAUUGUGGUGGUUGUAACUUAUCUGGAAUCAUCCCUCAAUCCAUCUAUAACCUCUCACUCUUAACUUAUUUUUCCUUGCCUGAAAAUCAGCUUAUUGGUACUCUUCCCUUAGUCACAAUGCUCCCAUAUCUUGUGUACCUUCAGUUAUGGGGUAACCAACUUACUGGACCUCUUCCACGCUGGAUAUCUAAUUGUUCGAAAUUACAACAUCUUGAAGUGACUGCCAACUAUUUUAGCGGGAAGUUGACUAUCGACUUUGCAAAACUGAAGGAUAUCUAUCAAAUAUCCUUAGGUGUUAACACCUUUGGAUUCGGAGAAACUGAUGAUAUGAAGUUUAUUGAUACCUUGAAAAAUUGCAGCAGACUAGAUGUGUUGCUUCUUGAUGAUUGCAAGUUUCAAGGAGCGUUGCCCACAUCAAUUGGUAAUCUUUCUGACCAACUCAGUUUUCUACAUUUAGGACGAAAUCAUUUCUCUGGAAGCCUCCCUUCAAGUAUAGGUAAUCUAGUUGGCUUGACCAAAUUAGUUUUGGGAGAAAACCGAUUUACUGGAAUGAUCCCCUCCACCAUUGGUAAGCUUCAAAAUCCACAAGAAGCUUAUCUAUACGAUAACCAAUUUUCAGGGCCAAUUCCAGAUGCCAUCGGGAACUUAUCAUCACUGACUAAACUUUGGUUGAAUUCUAACAAGUUGGAAUGGCAUAUCCCAUCACUCCUGGGAAAUUGUUAUAACUUAUCGAUGUUGUACCUUGAUCACAAUGAAUUCAGUGGCCCAAUACCUAAACAACUUCUUCAAAUUCCAGCUCUAACCAUAGCAUUAAAUCUUUCUCAAAACAACCUGUUUGGGUCACUCCCAAUAGAGGUCGGCGAACUCAAGAUGUUGAGUUCUCUGGAUUUAUCUCAUAAUAAUUUAUCAGGUAACAUUCCUAGUAGCCUUGGUGGUUGCACUAGUCUUGUAUUCUUAAACCUCAAAGGCAACUUAUUUCAAGGCAUGUUGACCUUAUUAGAAUAUGUAGACCUAUCCUUUAAUGAUUUUGAGGGUGAAGUACCGGUGACAGGAGUGUUUGCCAAUGCAAGUGCAUUCUCUGUUUUGGGAAAUAGGAGGCUUUGUGGUGGCUUGCCUGAACUUGGGCUGCCCAAAUGCAAUGAGACUCAUGAUAAACAUAAAAAAAGGUUUCCUUUGUUCGCCAUAUUCAUUCUGAUUGCAUCCACACUUUUCACCAUAUUAUGUUUUGCAUAUGUUUGGUGUAAGAAAAGGAAGAGUCAACCAUCUCAAUUGUCAAGGAACGAACAGUUCAUGAAAGUAUCAUAUGCUCAACUUCUAAAGGCUACCAACGGCUUCUCCCAAGCCAAUUUGAUUGGCGAGGGUGGGUUUGGCUCUGUUUAUAAAGGAGUCCUUGAUGAUCAUGAUGGUAGAAUUGUUGCAGUCAAAGUUAUAUAUCUGCAAAACCGAGGUGCCCACAGAAGCUUUAUAGCGGAGUGUGAAGCAUGGCGGAACAUUCGACACCGGAAUCUGUUGAAAAUAAUAACUUCAUGUUCAAGUCUUGACUUUCAAGGCAAUGAUUUCAAAGCUUUGGUAUAUGAGUUCAUGCCCAAUGGGAGCUCACAUGAUUGGUUGCAUUCAAGUGCAAAUACAUUCAGACUGAAUCUUUUCCAGAGAAUAAAUAUUCUCAUUGAUGUCGCAUCUGCACUUGAUUAUCUUCACAAUCACUGCCAGCCAUCCAUCCUUCACUGUGACCUGAAGCCUAGCAAUAUUCUACUCGAUGAUGAUAUGGUGGGCCAUGUUGGAGACUUUGGUUUAGCUCGAUUUCUUGGAGCAAAUUCAAACCAAAACAGCACAAGUGGCAUUAGAGGAACGAUUGGAUAUGCACCUCCAGUUGCAGAGUAUGGUGUUGGGAGUGAGAUGACAAGUAGUGGGGAUGUCUAUAGUUUUGGAAUACUAUUGUUGGAGGUGAUGACAGGAAAGAGGCCGACAGACAACAUCUUUAAUGAAGGCCUCAGCCUUCAUAAAUUUGCAGACAUGGCCUUGCCAGACCAUGUAAUCGAUGUUAUUGAUGAUGACCUUCUGAAUUUACUUCAAGAGGAUGCUAUUCCUAUGAUAGCAGAUGUAAAGAAAAUAGAGGAAUGCAUGGCUUUAACUGUCAAACUUGGAGUAUCAUGCUCUGUGGAUUCCCCAACGCAACGGAUGAAUAUCGUAAAUGUUGUCCAUGAGUUGCAGCAUAUUCUGGAUACACUUCAAAAUAGUUGA